GAGUUUUGGAAAAUUUCAUUGUGAGAAUAUGCUUUUCUUCUUGCUGCGGUUUGGAUGCUCUUGAGUUGUUCUUCCUACAGUUGCUUAUUUCAGCCUCUUCCCCAACUCAACCAUGGCUAACGGUUCAGAAGUAGACAUUGCUAUCUCUGCUGAGCCUGCUCCAAUGGAGACCAAUUACUCGCACCAGAUCAUUUACCUUCACGGCGACCUCGAUUUGAAGAUUCUCGAAGCUCGUAGCUUGCCCAACAUGGAUUUACUGUCUGAGCGUCUCCGUCGUUGCUUCACGGCUUGUGACACCUGCCGAGUUCCUCGCGCCAAUGGCAACCGCAAGCAACACCCUCACCGCAAAAUAAUCACUAGCGAUCCUUACGUUAAGGUUCUUCUGACUGGGGCUACCGUCGCUCGCACCAGAGUUAUACCUAAUUCUCAGAACCCUUAUUGGGAAGAACAGUUUCUCAUCCCGCUCGCUCAUCCUGUUUCUCACGUCGACUUCCAGAUCAAGGAUAACGAUGUAUUCGGCGCUCAGAUUAUCGGAACCGUUCAGGUUCCUGCUCGUAGAAUCCUUACCGGAGAACUCAUCGACGAAUGGUUUCCGGUGAUCGGACCCUAUGGGAAGCCUCCAAAACCUGAUUCGGCUCUUCACCUUGUGAUGACUUUUACGCCCGUUGAGAGAAAUCCGCUGUUCAAGCACGGCAUUGCUGCGGAUCCGCAGCAUUUGGGUGUUCGUCACACUUACUUUCCUGUUAGGAAAGGGUGUUCAUUGACUCUGUAUCAGGACGCCCAUAUUGGCGAGGGGGACCUUCCGGAUAUUAAAUUGGAGAAGGGGGCGGUUUUCGAACACGAAAAGUGCUGGGAAGAUAUCUGUCAUGCCAUAUUGGAAGCCCAUCACUUGAUUUAUAUUGUCGGUUGGUCUGUUUUCCACAAGGUGAAGCUGGUCAGAGAACCAACAUCCGGCAGGCCGUUACCAAGUGCUGGGGAACUGACACUUGGUGAGCUGCUCAAGUAUAAAUCCCAAGAAGGAGUGCGUGUGUUGUUGUUGGUCUGGGAUGACAAGACUUCCCACAACAAAUUCUUCAUCAAUACAGCAGGAGUGAUGCAAACUCAUGAUGAAGAAACUCGGAAAUUUUUCAAGCAUUCAUCAGUCAUUUGUGUGCUGUCACCUCGUUAUGCCAGUAGUAAGCUUAGCAUUGUCAAGCAACAGGUUGUUGGGACCCUCUUUACACACCAUCAAAAAUGUGUGAUAGUGGAUACACAAGCAUCUAGAAAUAACCGAAAGAUUACUGCGUUUGUGGGUGGUCUUGAUCUUUGUGAUGGUCGCUAUGAUACUCCCAAGCAUCGACUGUUUCGUGAUCUUGACACUGUAUUUCGGGAAGAUUUUCAUAAUCCUACACUUCCUGCAGGAAGUAAGAGUCCACGACAACCAUGGCACGAUUUGCACUGCAGAAUUGAAGGUCCUGCUGCAUAUGAUAUCCUUAAAAACUUUGAGCAACGUUGGAGAAAAGCAACUAAAUGGUCUGAGUUUGGCCAGCGUUUCAAAAGGAUAUCUCAUUUUCACGAUGAUGCUUUAAUAAAGAUAGAACGUAUCUCAUGGAUAAUUAGUCCUUCGCCAUCUGUUGGUUAUGAUGAUCCUAUCCUUUCGGUUUCCAAGGAAGGGCAUCCUGAAACUUGGCAUGUUCAGGUUUUCCGAUCAAUUGACUCUGGAUCGCUAAAAGGAUUUCCUAAAAAAGUUCAGGAAGCUGAGGCUCAGAACCUUGUCUGUGCAAAAAAUUUGGUAUUCGAUAAGAGUAUUCAAACAGGAUACAUCCAGGCAAUUAGAUCUGCACAACACUUCAUAUAUAUUGAAAAUCAAUAUUUUCUGGGAUCAUCUUAUGGGUGGCCAUCUUAUGAAAAUGCAGGUGCUAAUAAUUUAAUCCCAAUGGAGUUGGCAUUAAAAAUUGCUAGCAAAAUAAGAGCCAAGGAGAGAUUUGCUGUAUAUAUUGUCAUACCAAUGUGGCCUGAGGGUGCUCCUAGUUCUAAUUCUGUGCAAGAAAUUCUGUAUUGGCAGAGCCAGACAAUGGAAAUGAUGUAUGAAAUUGUUGCACGGGAGUUAAAAUCCGUGCAGCUUGAGAACUCACACCCUCAAGACUACCUUAAUUUCUAUUGUCUUGGUAAUCGGGAAGAAAUACCUGAUGAAAUGUCACCACCAACUAGUCAACCAUCUACUAAUGGUGAUACGGCCUCUGCUUCUCAAAAGAACCGACGGUUUAUGAUUUAUGUUCACGCCAAAGGAAUGAUAGUAGAUGAUGAAUAUGUCAUUUUAGGAUCCGCCAAUAUUAACGAAAGAUCAAUGUCUGGUUCAAGAGACACGGAGAUAGCUAUGGGUGCGUAUCAGCCACAUCACACAUGGGCUGAGAAGAAGAAACAUCCACAUGGCCAGAUAUAUGGGUACAGAAUGUCUCUGUGGGCAGAGCACCUGGGGAUAGUAGAUGACCUCUUCAAGGAGCCACAAAAUUUGGAUUGUGUUAAAUAUGUGAACGAACUGGCUAAAGAAAACUGGGGGACAUUCGUAGCCGAGGAACCGAAGCCAAUGGGUGGCCACCUUCUCAAGUACCCGCUCUUGGUAGAACCCAAUGGAAAGGUGGUCAGUUUGCCUGGACAUGAGAAUUUUCCUGAUGUUGGUGGUAAGAUAAUCGGGGCUCCCACUACACUUCCAGAUGCUUUAACCACAUAGUGUGCAGUUAUUUGUUUUUUUACUGAUUU